AUGGAGCUGAAAAACUACACCAGGGUGAAAGAAUUUACUUUCCUUGGCCUAACCCAGAGUCAAGGACUGAGCUUGGUCUUAUUUUUUUUCCUGCUUCUUGUGUACUUGAUAACUCUCCUGGGAAACCUCCUCAUCAUGGUCACUGUGACCUAUGAGCCUCGCCUUCAUACCCCUAUGUACUUCCUGCUCCGUAAUUUAUCUGUUGCCGACAUCUGCUUUUCCUCCAUCACAGCUCCCAAGGUUCUGGUGGACCUUCUGUCACAGAGAAAGACCAUCUCCUUCAAUGGCUGCUUCACCCAGAUGUUUUUCUUCCACCUUGUUGGAGGGGUGGACGUAUUUUCUUUGUCAGUGAUGGCACUGGAUCGAUAUGUGGCCAUUUCCAAGCCCCUGCACUAUGUGACCAUUAUGAGUAGAGGCCGUUGCAUUGGAUUAAUAGUGGCUUCCUGGGUGGGGGGCUUUACCCACUCCAUCGUACAGAUUUCCCUGUUGUUCCCACUCCCCUUCUGUGGACCCAAUGUUCUUGACACUUUCUACUGUGAUGUCCCCCAGGUCCUCAGGCUCGCCUGUACAGACAUUUUUAUGCUUGAGCUGCUGAUGAUUUCCAAUAAUGGACUGCUCACCACACUGUGGUUUUUCUUCCUCCUGGUGUCAUAUAUGGUCAUAUUAUUAGUAGUAAGGUCUCAGGCAGGGGAGGGAAGGAGGAAAGCCAUCUCCACCUGCACCUCCCACAUCACUGUGGUGACCCUGCACUUUGUGCCCUGCAUCUAUGUCUAUGCCCGGCCCUUCACUGCCCUCCCCACCGAUAAAGCCAUUUCUGUCACCUUUACUGUCAUCUCUCCUCUGCUGAACCCCUUGAUCUACACUCUGAGGAACCAAGAGAUGAAGUCAGCCAUGAGGAGAUUGAAGAGAAGACUCAUGCCUUCUGACACGGAAUAGACAGGUAGUUCACGCCUUCUCAACACCCUUAAAAAGUCUGUCCAUGAAAUAAACUGUAUUUAUUCAAGGUUUCUAAUUAAUUUUUAUGUUUCUGCUAAGCUACAGAGGACUUUCAAAGAUUCUGCUCAGCAUGCAGUAAUAAUGUCAAAAUAUGGGUUCCAUGGUACAAAAGAAAUCAAAUUGUUAGCCAGGGGGGUACAUGUUGCUUUUGCAACACAGCCUUGGAAGAAACAAGGAAAUAAAAAUAUACUCAUUUUAUCAAUUUGGAAUUUUCAACUCUAUUGAGGUAUUAUUGCGUGAAAAUAAAGGAAACCUCAUUUAAAAAUGGAGUCGGGAAGCCCUGAAGGGGGCGCUCUCACACUACCACUGGCUGUAAGAGGCCUACCCGGCAUUCCCCAGCAGGGAGAAGCCUGUUCUGCCCCAGCAGGAGGAGGGAAGAAUUUCUCUGGCCCAGCAACAGCCCCGCUAAUGAGAA